AUGACGCUCAGCUUCACCCUCCCUCAAAUCCAAGAUAACGCCGAUGGGUCAUGGGGUCCCAGCACCAGUACCCUCCCAGCUCAAUUCAAGGAUAUCCCAUACGCUCCAUUCUCCAAGUCCGACAAAGUAACCAGGAUCGCAGACUGGCACGACCUCCCCGCAGAUGCUACCGCCGGUCGACAAAGACAAGGUCAAGUCAGACGACAAGGGAGAGAAGCGUACGGUGCGGCUGAAGGAACCGUAUUCGGAUUCGUACAUGACGAAGAUGAGAAAUCUUUCUCACUGGUAGAUAGCGGGGCUAGAGCUGGUACGAGGGUCAAGGCUCCUAUCAGAGCUGGAGGAAGAGCUAUCCGAGGUGCUGCUCUUACUAGAGGUACAAGAGGACGAGGUGCUGGAAGAGGUGGAUUUGGAGGUAGAGGGAGAGGUGGUGCUAGAGGCGGUUACGGUGAUUGGAACAAGCCUCAACGAACUAGGGAUUCUUCGGUCACUAUCAGCCCAGAUUGGCAAGUUCUCGAAGAAGUCGAUUUCACCAGACUUGCCAAGUUGAACCUCAGUGUUUCGGAGCCUGAAGAUCUUGCGAGCUACGGUACUAUCCAAGGCUAUGACCGAGCCUUUGACCGAAUCAACACCAGAAACGAGAAGCCAUUAGAGAUCCUCGACCGAGUACGAUACAACACUUCCACAUCUGAUGAUCCCGUCAUUGCUCAAUUGGCAGAGAAGAAGGCCGCUCGAAUCUUUGCUACCGACUCUAUCUUAUCGGUGCUCAUGACCGCCCCUCGAUCCGUCAACUCAUGGGAUAUAAUCUUCGAGAGGAAAGGUGAAGAUCAACUAUUCUUGGACAAGAGAGAAUCAGGUCCAUUCGAUUAUAUAACCGUCAAUGAAAAUUCUUCCGAUCCACCUGUAGAUUCAGAUGAUCAAUCCAAUAUCAACUCUGCCGGAUCACUCUCGCUCGAAGCUACUUACAUCAACCAGAACUUCUCUUCUCAAGUUAUUCAAGCUUCUUCCAAAGCCGUUACUCCCAAAGCCAACCCAUUCUAUUCGGCAGAUGUUGAGACUGAGCCUCUCGCUUCUACAUUGUACAAAUACAGGAAAUUCGAUCUUUCAAUUGAUGAAGAAGAGACUUUCGAUUUGAUCGUUCGAACUGAAGCUGAUGCGUACUUGGGUAAAAAAGAUACGUUGAUCACUGUAAAAGCUUUGAACGAGUUUGACCCAAGAGCUCAAGGUGGUUCAGGAAAACCAUUAGAUUGGAGGAAGAACUUGGAUACUCAAAAGGGUGCUAUCGUAGCUAAUGAGAUGAAGAAUAACUCGGCUAAAUUGGCUAGAUGGGCUGUUCAGUCGAUCUUGGUUGGUGCGGAGUACAUGAAGAUGGGUUACAUCACACGAGCCAACUCGAAAGAUGCCCAAAGACACACCAUCGUCGGUGUCCAAUCGUUCAAGCCUAACGAUUUCGCUAGACAGAUGAACGUCUCCUUGACCAACGGGUGGGGUAUCGUACGAACCAUCGCCGAUUUGUUGCUCAAGCAACCUGAGGGUAAAUACGUACUUGUCAAGGAUCCCAACGCUCCUCAAAUCAAGCUUUACAAAGUACCUGAUGAUGCUUUCGAUGCUGGUUUAGAGGAAGAGACUAUCGGGGAAUCUCAAAUUGAUGAAGAGUAG